CGUGUUGCAGAGAAGUACUAGCACACCACAAUGAUUAGAAGCACAGAUUUGGAUUCCUUUGUUUGCUGCGCUGUAUGCUCAAAAAUAAUUCCACCGCCACCUUCUAACGCUACUUUUGAUCGGAUUCGGGAGUACAAACCUUUCAGGACACGGUACUACACUCAUCGUGAUAUACUGGAGAUUGGUGCAAGCAUUCAACAAGAGGAGCGUGAAAGGAAGGAAGCAGAGAUACAAGAGCGCAUUGAGAAAAUGAAAGCUGAGCUUUGGUCUCAGGCUGAACAGUACAAAGAAGAUGCAGUGGAUAAAGCUCUCACGGAGGCAACUGCUAACUACAGUGUGUUUGUACAAGACCUUAAACUAAAACUUGAGAAGGAAAUAAGGGAAGUGGUGAGGAAGGCAAAGGCAGAGAUGAAGGAGUACAUGGAGGAGGAGCAGAGGAGAGAUAUUGAAGCCACAGAGCAGCGCAUGGCUCACAAGCUCCGGUGUGCCCUGCUGGAGUGUGCCAAGGAGAAGAUGCAAGCCGUGGCCGAAGCCAGGAAGCAGGAGAGGGAGGUGGCACUGAGUGAGGCGGCCAUGCAGCACAGAAAGCACAUAGAGCAGCUCAAAGAAGAAAGCAUGUUAGCUGAGGAACUAUAUCGUAAGACUAUCGAGCAAUUAAACAAAGGCAAAUGUAAUGAGAUGAACGUUGCCCUGAGUAUCAAACAAAAAGAGAAUCAGAUUGAAAUGGAAAAACAGAUGAAAGAAUUGAAGACUGUACAUCUUGAUGAACUGGAAAAGGUGAUGAUUACGCUGAGAACAGCUGAAGACCAGGUAAAGGCUCUUGAACAAAAACUGGAAAGGAUGAGAGCUUGGAAGGACAGCCUGGAAACUGAAAUACAAGCAACAAGACAAGCUUUUCAAAAAUAUAUUGAUGCAACCUUUCCUAACCUGUCCCCGGGACAAGCAGAUUUUAUUCUGCCAUUCAGAACAACAUUUGAACCAAAGGACAUCCCAAAAGAGGCAGAAGGCAAUGACAAUGAAUGUAAGAGACCUGGUACUGAGAGUAUGAGGGUCACAGCCAUGAGUAAACAGCACUUCAAGUAGGUGAUGCUGAAAAAUAAAUUCAUUGCAGUUCACUGAAUUGCAUGAGUGUGUUUGGAAUUUUUAUUAGAGAAAUAAUAUUUAGAGAAAAAUAAUCACCACUAUAUUAAGUAAUGAAGUGAUAAUCCAUGCUGAGAAAUUAUCCAUUAAUUUCCAUGAAAGUUCACCAGGUGAAUCUGAUAACUUUCUGUAUUAAAUUAUACAAGGUGACCCUACCCAUGCUUCUUCAAUAAAUUGGAUUCCAUAUUCUGUUCUGGUAGACUAUUGCAUAAUAAUAUGGUACUUGGAUAGAGUGAAGUGAGGUAGGACAGGUCUGGAACUGGCCUCUGUUAUGUUCAGAAUAAAGAGAAGUCAGAACAGCAGCUGGCAGACAAAAAAAAGUACAUUAUUAAAAAUGCAAGAAGAAACCUUCCAUCCACCUUCUUCAGAUGUAAUUUUGAAACACUUACAUUGUGCAUUAACUUAUUUGUCCAGUUGUUUGGUUGUGGUUGUUUUUUUUCUAAUUUUAAGUGAAAUAGAAUUCUUAACCAGAACACAUAAGAUUUUCUAGAAGGGUUCUGCAGAUUCUCCUGAGUAUUCUAGAUGUUUCACAUUAUCAACUGGUCUAGCAGCAAUUUAUGAUUAUGAAUGUGGAGUCUUUCACCACAAGAAAAAUGAUAGAACCAUUUGUGUUGGAAGGAACCUUAAAGAUCAUCAAAAAGGUUCAACAGUGAGCAGAUUAUGACAGUCAGUAAUGGGGAGUGGUGGUCUCCAUCUCCAUAUAGCUCACAGCCACCUCUAGAAAUUAUAUAAUCACAGAAUAUCCCAAGUUGGAAGAAACACACAAGGAUCAUCGAAUCCACUUCCUGGCUCCACUCAGGACCACCCAAAAUUCAAAUGCUGCUUCAACACUGGUAGGUUUGGGGCCAUGAUUGGGCCAAUGACCACAGGGGCUGUGUGCCAGCAACUGGAGAGACUGCAAUGUGCAUUGUGUGGGCACUUAUGCUAGCAUAAAUCUCUAGAUUAUAGAUUAUAGAUCAAGAUGGACAAGGUAACUAACAGGAUUAAAAGCAUAGGAGCCAAGUAACCAAGUGGCUGUAAGCUUGGACCAGAUGCUAGAGAGACUGGAAGGUAUGAAAGUUGACUACCCAGAGAACCAGGAGGUCAGAGCCCAGAAUGAGACUGUGAGAUCUGAAGGUUGACUGCUUAUGACUGUGAGGUCAUAAGCCUCAGAAUGAGCUACUAGACUUGCACUUGUUUCAGAAAAAGCAGUUACUCUCUCUUAUAGCCCACUUUUCUGGGAUGCAGUUGUAGUUGAACUGACUGAUAAAGACUGUGGCUGUCUACACUUUGGGAUAAGAGUACUCUGUGGUUCAUGUUAGCCCUAAAUCCCUCAGCCGUCUAGAUCAGGCCAAGCAUCCCUGUGAGGGCAUAUCCUAUGCCCUUCCUAGCUUACAGCCCUGGGGGCGUAUUUGGAGCCAGGUGACAGGGACCUGAGAUCUGGUCAGCUGUGUCUGUACACAUACACGUGGCAGGCCUGCUGUGGGGUCAAUGUAUUUGCCAGUGUAUGCAUAGUUCCUAAUAGCCUGGGCAGUUGGGCAGUGGUAUCACUUCUCCUUGUCUUUUGGGAAAGGAAAAAUCAUGUUGAUUUUUUUUUUUUUUUACAAUUUUCAAAUGUUAACGUGCAGUUGCAAUGGCUCUGCUUAGGAGCAGCUUGUCCUCUUAAGCCUGGCUGUGUGCAGCAAACCUUAGUAAUGCUUGGUUGUGUGGAGAUGGAUGGAACCACAGCUUGGCAUCAAUGAAUGCCUUUGCAACACAAAUGAUCAGACAGGCUAGUUAGCUGUGGGAUGAGUGCUGGACAUGGAGACCGUUUGUAAUUAAUACUAUUCAAUAUUUCAUAGAAAUAUUUUAGAAAUGAAUAUAUCUACCUAAGCCGAGUUUAAGAGAUUUUUUUCUCCCUUCUAGUUGUAUCACUGCACAAUAUUUGUGAUGAAUAUUGUUGACUUAAGUACUGGGGAAAAAAAAAGUCAACUUUUCAUGAUCUACAGAUUUCUGCGUGUGAGAUAUUUACCUGGUGAAAUUGGUGAGUGCACAAGCUAUUGGUUGCUAAUAAAAAUCGGCAUUUUGAACAUACACAUAUGGCUUUUACUGUGUAAAGCAGAGACUGCAUAUGUUGUUGGAUUUUGCUGCUGUUUGAGAAGGACUGUUGUCUGAAAAGUAACACUACCCACAUUACUUGCAUUCUGAAUCAAACUGAGCAUGAAUACGUGCUUUUUGACUGUUAGUCUGGGUGAGGCAAAUAAAGAUAACAUCUGGAUGCCAUGGCACUGCUGAUGUUAUGUAUUGAUGGGUGAGUGUGUCCUAGAACAGGGAUCUGCAUGAAUAAUAUAGAAAGCAGGGUAUCUCUAUUAGUCAUUCAAGAUCUGUCUAAAAUUCCCAGAAAUACCGUAGUUGUUGUGUUCUGGAACAGUGAAACUUUCUGUCUGUAGCACUGCUGUGAAAGACUGAAACGUGUGUUGUCUAAUUACUGGAGCUGAGCAGCUGAACUAGAAGGGAGCUGCAGAGUGUGUCUGAUAAAGAGCUGAUUAAUAAACUAGAGACAUCUUGCUCAUUAGCUCCUCAAAGGCCUGCAGAAGAGAUCUGCAAUAUCUUUAAAGGAGGAUUCGCAGACUGUGAAACCUCUAAGUGCUUUACAGGGAGAAAUGAAGCGUGAAACGGACUAAUGAUGUGAGCAAUGUCUGCAGCGUAAGUGCACACUCUCUGUGUGUGUCAGGCAGCUAAUGAGUGCAGAGCUUCCUGGGCAACAAACGGCAGAGUGAGCAUGCCUUGUCCAUGCAUCUGUGUACCAUACACUCAUGCAUAAAGGGUAAUUGUGAUUUAGGUUACUGGUGCAGUUUCUUUUGCUGUGUUUAGUUAGCAGCAGUCCAAUAUUAUGUUUGCUGCUAAUUAAAAUACAGAUUGGGUAAAUGAUCUUCAGUGAUUAAGCACAAAGUUCAUCAAGUGGCUGCGUGAGGUGCAAGUGCUGGAGCAACUGGCAUUAAUGCUGGCUAACAGAGACAUUAUGUGGGUGUGCUGGGGGUACGUAGAGGAGAGUUUGGCCUUUGGAAAUUACAGCAGUGACUGGAUAAAGGACAACUACUAUA